UCCUGUUGUUUUUGCUGUGUACGUGAACAAACUAUAACUAAGAUGUCAGAAAUUGUUACUUUUGGAGCUGAGGGGAUUCUGACGAAGGUGGCUUCACUUGCCCAACAAGAAUUCAAUCUUCUGCGGGGAUUCAAAGGAGAACUCACAAGUCUGCGUGAAUCAUUGUCCAAGGUUCAAGCCAUGCUACAAGAUGCCGGGAAAAAAAAAGAUCGGGCCGAGGCGGUCAAAAUGUGGGUGAAGGACCUUGAAGACAUAGCUCAUGAUGCUGAUGAUGUGUUGGAUGAAUAUGAAUAUGAAGUUCUCCGGCGUAAGGUAGAAGUGCAAGACCAGAUGAAGAAAAAGGUACUCAAUUUCUUUUCACUCCACUACAAUCCCAUUGCAUUCCGUCACAAAAUGGCACAUAAAAUCAAGAAAAUCAACUCAUCUUUAGUCAAUCUGAAGAAUGAGGCAGCUAGUAUUGAUCUAGUUGCAAGUUCGACAUUCCAAGGUGGAAGCUCUCAUGAUGCAGGAGUUGACAGGGAAACCGUCUCCAGCUUUGCUCAAGAUGAAAAGUACGUCGUUGGAAGGGAGAAGGUUGUGUUAGAUAUAGUAACAACCUUGAUCGACUCAAGCAAUACUCCAAAGAAUUCUCUCUCGGUUAUGCCCAUUGUAGGAUUUGCUGGCUUGGGAAAAACAACUUUGGCUAAAUCUAUAUAUAAUCAUGAUGAGAUAGGCAGACAGUUCACUAUAAAAAUAUGGAUAUGCGUAUCUGUUCCUUUCGAAGUCAAGUCGAUUUUAAACAAGAUCUUGGUACAUUUUAAACUAGAAAAGGCUCAAGAGAAGGAAGCAGCACUCAAAAAUCUUCAAAAACAUCUGAAAGGAAAAAGAUAUUUGCUCGUACUCGAUGAUGUUUGGAAUGAAGAUCCUGACAAAUGGAAUGAUUUGACGAGUUGUUUGUCAAGUGUUAAAGAUACACAAGGAAGCAGCAUUCUUGUCACUACCCGUAGUGAGAAGGUUGCAAAAAUCGUGCAGACACUUCCUAUGUGUAAUUUGGGGAAACUAUCAGAUGAUCAAUGUUGGCUCAUUUUAAAGAACAGAGCAUUUCUGGAUGACAGUGCUCCUUUGACUAAAGAUCAAGAGAGAAUUGGAAGGGACAUCGCCAGAAAGUGUGCAGGCCUACCAUUACUGGCAAAGGUAUGUUUAUCCGUUUGCUGAAUUUUUCGCUUGAUCUUGCUUCUUAUUCUUAUAUUUGUUUUUCAUUAACAAACCUUUAACCCACUAGACAUCGGUAAUCUUGUUUGCUUUAUUAUUUUGUGAAGGAUUAUAUAAAAAACAAAAUACCACUAUAAUUUAUGCAACAAAAUAGGCUCAAACAUACCACUAAUUUCACAAGUAAAAUGAACAAAAUACCACAUAAUAAUUAACAAGGAUUAUUUAAAGAAAAAAAAUCAGUAUAUUGGCAGAUACAUCAGUAAUCCAGAUUUACAGAAACAUAUUAGUACUACUGUCGAUUAGAUGAAUACCUGUGGUUGAAAGAAGAAGCUAGAAGGAGAUCGAAUUAAUGUGGCUACCUUUCUGAAAAACUGUUAACAAAAAUUUAUUUAACAUAACUACACGGAGCCUAGAAACUAUCUAGCAAUUCCC